CGCGCGCAGGCUCCGCGACGGAGCCGGAGCCGCCUGCGCGCAUCGGUGUCCGCGGCGGGUAGCCGCUGAGCACUUGGAACACCCAGUCCCCGCCGCGCUGGACACCAUGAGUUGCUAAAAGUGAGCCUGACUUUUCAGCUGCCUUGGGGCGCGGCGUCAGGGGCACAGAGCCAUGUCGGACCUGCUACUCCUGGGCCUCAUUGGGGGCCUGACCCUGCUGCUGCUGCUGACGCUGCUGGCCUUUGCCAGGCACUCAGGCCUGCUGGCUGGGGUGGCUGUGAGCGCCGGCUCACCCCCCAUCCGCAACGUCACCAUGGCUUACAAGUUCCACGUGGGGCCCUACAGCGAGACGGGGCGGCUCUUCACGGAGAGCUACAGUGUCUGCCCCAGGCUGCGCUCCGUUGCCAUCUACUACGACAACCCACACCUGGUGUCCCCCGAGAAGCGCCGCUGUGCAGUGGGCAGCAUUCUGAGCGAAGGCGAGGAGUCGCCCUGCCCGGAGCUCCUCCAGCUCUACCAGAAACUUGGCUUCAAAGUGUUCUCCUUCCCAGCACCCAGCCACGUGGUGACGGCCACCUUCCCCUACACCACCGCCCUGUCCAUCUGGCUGGCUGCCCGCCGUGUCCAUCCUGCCUUGGACACCUACAUCAAGGAGCGGAAGCUGUGCGCCCACCCUCGGCUGGAGAUCUACCAGCAGGACCAGAUCUACUUCGUGUGCCCGCUGGCACGGCAGGGGGACUUCUAUGUGCCCGAGGUGAAGGAGACCGAGCGGAAGAGCCGGGGGCCCGUGGAGGCCAGUGACGCCCAAACGGACGGCGCAGGAGCUGACAGGACAAGUGAAGGAAGCUCCGUGAGCCUGGAGGUGGGUCCUGGCAGCCGGGAGACUUCAGCCGCCACGCUGUCCCCCGGGGCGAGCGGCCGUGGCUGGGACGACAGUGACAACCGCAGUGAGCACAGCUACAGCGAGUCAGGCGCCAGCGGCUCGUCCUUUGAGGAGCUGGACCUGGAGGGCGAGGGACCCCUGGGGGAGCCAAGGCUCAGUCCUGAGGCUGAGCCCCCGGGGACUCCCAAGCGGGCCCGGGAGCUCAGUACCCCUGAGAAGGGCGAAGAGUGACCCCCGGCCCGCGGCCUUCCCUGAUGCGGUCGCCAGGAACGGAUCAGACUCUUCGGCCCUCCUCCUCCGCCACCUCCCGGGCCCAGGCUGGGGCCAGGGGUCUCAGGGGACCUCAUCGCUUCGACUGCCCUGGCCUCUAGCCAAGCCCUCUCCUCGCUGCCCUUCCAGCUCCCGGGGCCGGAGGGGCAGGGGCUGUUUUCUGCACCCAGCCCGGGACUGCUGUCUCUCUUACAUCUCUCUUCAGACUCACGUUGGAGCUUCCAGGACCCAGAAUAAAGCAAAAGAUUUUCUCGUUUCACCUGGA